AUGGACGCUCCCUCUCUGGCCAUGACUUCUUGCACGCCUUUCGCUGCUCGCGCGAACGACAGCAGCCCAGAUAUUGUGCAGUCUACCGGCGCCGACACUCGACCAGAAAUCCGCCGAAGACGUCACAGCCACUUCAUCCCGCGCCGGCGGAAAUCUAUAGUCUCUUCCAUCAUGGAGGGCGAAGAGGCCGUCAUCCUCAAGGUCGACUUGUUUCUGUCGGAGCUCGAGCGCAGGCUGGAGUUCCUGGAAAACUACACUGACCUCACAGUAGAUUCGACUCUGUCGAGGGCCUACAACACACUGCAGACAGUCCGGUCACGAUGUAACCAGGUUUCGGAGGAGGUUAUCGGCGAGGGCCGGAGGCGCUUUCACGUCAUGAUGGAGACCAUGGAGUACAGAUACCACGACGCACUGGCAGCCGCCGACUCCAUGAGCGACAAGGCCCGCGUAAGCAUCGAGCUGCUUGACUCGAUGCUGUCCGACGUCGAGAUGAGAGCACACAAGCUCCGCCAGCGUGGGCUGCAGAAUAUGACGGACGCCGCGGAGAUCGUCAUCGGCGAGGGUCGACACGUCCUGGACAAGGGUCUGCACACGGCCCGCGGCGUGGUCGAGGAGGGUCUCCGUGGCGCAAAGCAUGCCGCCGAGAGCCUCGAGGAGAAGAUCCAAAAGGCAAUGCUGCGCGCUAAAGAGCAUGGCCUGAUCAGCUACGAAGACCUCCCCGUGCCGUGGAGGGUCAAUCCUCACAUUGUCCGGGGGUACCGGUUCAAUGAAACCUACUCCGGCUGCAUCCGCUCAGCAUUUGGCAUUUCGAACGAGCUUGUCAACAUUUGGUCUCAUGCCAUCGGCCUCGUCCUCGUCCUCGCCCUGGCAUUCUACUUCUACCCCACGAGUAUCAACUUCCACCUCAGCACCAACGCGGACGUCCUCAUCGCCGCGCUGUUCUUCUUUGCGGCCUGCCAGUGUCUUGUCUGCAGUACGAUCUGGCACACCAUGAACGCCAUUACGGAUGUCAACCUGAUCUCGACGUUUGCAUGCGUCGACUACACGGGCAUUUCCCUCCUGAUUGCUGCGAGCAUUAUGACCACCGAAUAUACGGCCUUCUACUGUGAGCCUGUCAGCCGGUGGAUAUACAUGGUCGUCACAGGGCUUCUGGGGGUUGGAGGCGUCAUACUCCCCUGGAACCCGACCUUUAACAGGGCAGACAUGGCGUGGGCCCGGGUGGCAUUCUUCGUCUUUCUUGGUGCCACAGGUUUCUUGCCGAUUCUGCAACUAUCCAUGUCGCGCGGUACCGAGUUCGUCUCUGAGUUUUACUCACCCAUCGGCAAGAGCAUCUUGGUGUACGUCGCGGGUGCUUUCGUGUACGCGAGCAAGGUGCCCGAAAGGUGGUUCCCGGGGAUGUUCGAUUAUUUUGGCGGAUCCCACAACCUAUGGCACUGCGCGGUCCUGGGUGGGAUCCUGUUCCAUUACACUGCCAUGCAAGAGUUCUUUGCACAGGCAUUCAGGCGCGCCGAGGGUGGCUGCCCCGCAUACUGA